CAAGCCCGGCGGGACCCGGCGGGACGACCCGGAAGAGGCCAGGCCAGUGCGGCCAGGAUGGGCCGGAAGGUGACCGUGGCCACCUGCGCGCUCAACCAAUGGGCCCUGGACUUCGAGGGUAAUUUGCAGAGGAUUUUAAAGAAGUGCAGAGCAUAUCUAAUUGGAGCGAGGCGGUCGGUGGCCAGAGCUGAGUCUCUGUUCAGGUGGCCUCUCCUCCGCAGGUGCACGUUGGGCCCCGCUGCCCCAAACCAGAGGUUUCCAGUGCUGCUGUAGGCUGUGGUCCUUCGAGUCCUGCCCUCUCCCUGCACACGGUCUUCCAUAUCUGCCCGUUAAUGAACUACCAGGGUGUGGCUGCCUCCUCCCAGGUGCUAAGGUAUUGAAAUUGCCAAACGCAAAGGAGCAAGAUACAGGCUGGGACCAGAACUGGAAAUAUGGGUUGCCCUCAGCAGCCCAGUCCCCCUGGCAUAAUCGCUGUCCAGACACCUCCAGUGGCUACGGGUGUUGGGAUCAUUACUACGAGUCGGACACCCUCUUGCAUUCACUCCAAGUCCUGGCCGCCCUUCUGGACUCUCCGGUCACUCAGGAUAUCAUCUGCGACGUGGGACUGCCUGUCAUGCACCGGAAUGUCCGCUACAACUGCAGGGUGAUAUUUCUUAACAGGAGAAUCCUGCUCAUCAGACCCAAAAUGGCCUUGGCCAACGAAGGCAACUACCGGGAACUGCGCUGGUUCACCCCGUGGUCACGGAACCGGCAAACAGAGGAGUAUUUUCUCCCCCGGAUGAUACAGGACGUGACAAAGCAGGUUCUGGCUCCUUUUGCCUCUUGGUCAUCAGUGGUUUCCUCUGCCUUUUCCCUGGAGGACAGUGGCCGCCCUGCCCCCAGAUGGAGGCUACCUCUGCUCGGGAGCCGGACUGUGUCUCUGGAGACUGUGCCCUUUGGAGACGCAGUGCUGGCCACCUGGGACACCUGCAUUGGGAGCGAGAUCUGCGAGGAGCUCUGGACACCCCACAGCCCGCACGUGGACAUGGGUCUGGACGGCGUGGAGAUCUUCACCAACGCCUCGGGCAGCCACCACGUGCUGCGCAAAGCGCACGCCAGGGUGGAUCUGGUGACCAUGGCCACCACCAAGAACGGGGGGAUCUACCUGCUGGCCAAUCAGAAGGGCUGUGACGGGGACCGGCUCUACUAUGACGGCUGCGCCCUGAUCGCGAUGAACGGCCGCAUUUUUGCGCAGGGGGCCCAGUUCUCCCUGGAUGACGUGGAAGUCCUCACCGCCACGUUGGAUCUGGAGGACGUCCGAAGCUACAGGGCGGAGGUUUCAUCUCGAAACCUGGCGCAGGCCAGCAAGGUGAGCCCCUACCCCCGCGUGAAGGUGGACUUCGCCCUCUCGUGCCACGAGGACCUGCUGGUGCCACCGUCAGAGCCCGUCGAGUGGAAGUACCACAGUCCCGCGGAGGAGAUCAGCCUCGGACCCGCGUGCUGGCUCUGGGACUUUCUGAGACGCAGCCAACAGGCCGGGUUUUUCUUGCCCCUGAGCGGCGGGGUGGACAGCGCAGCCACCGCCUGCCUCGUCUACUCCAUGUGCCACCAGGUCUGCGAGGCCGUGAAGCACGGAAACCAGGAAGUGCUGGCUGACGUCCGGGCCAUCGUGGACCAGCUCAGCUACACCCCCCAGGACCCCCGGGAGCUCUGCGGGCGUGUGCUGACCACCUGCUACAUGGCCAGUGAGAACUCGUCCCAGGAGACAUGUGACAGAGCCCGGGAGCUGGCCCAGCAGAUCGGAAGCCACCACGUUGGUCUCAACAUCGACCCAGCGGUGAAGGCCGUCAUGGGCAUCUUCAGCCUGGUGACGGGUAAAAGGCCUCGGUUCGCGGUUCACGGAGGAAGCAGCAGGGAGAACCUGGCCCUGCAGAACGUGCAGGCGCGGCUAAGGAUGGUCAUGGCCUAUCUCUUCGCUCAGCUGAGCCUCUGGGCCCGGGGCGCUCGCGGUGGACUGCUGGUGCUCGGAUCGGCCAACGUGGACGAGAGUCUCCUCGGCUACCUGACCAAGUACGACUGCUCCAGUGCGGACAUCAACCCCAUCGGCGGCAUCAGCAAGACGGACCUGAAGAUGUUCAUCCAGUUCUGCCUGGAGCGCUUCCAGCUCCCCGCCCUGCAGGGCAUCCUGGCAGCACCGGCCACCGCAGAGCUGGAACCCUUGACCGAUGGACAGGUGUCCCAGACAGACGAGGCGGACAUGGGCAUGACGUACGCGGAGCUGUCCGUCUACGGCAGGCUCCGGAAGAUCACCAAGGCCGGGCCCUACAGCAUGUUCUGCAAACUCGUCACCAUGUGGAGAGACGUGUGUUCCCCGUGGCAGGUGGCUGAUGGAGUGAGGCGCUUUUUCUCCAAGUACGCCGCGAACAGACACAAAAUGACCACGCUCACGCCCGCGUACCACGCGGAGAGCUACAGCCCCGACGACAACAGGUUCGACCUGCGGCCGUUUCUGUACCGCGCCGGCUGGCCCUGGCAGUUUCGGUGCAUAGAGGAUGUGGUUCUCCAGCUCGAGAGCAGAGGCCGUCAGGACCUGGAUGGUGUGGACUGACACCAGCUCCUGCCCGGAGGACCCCUCCCGCGAGGGUCCCGUGUGUGAGGUGGGCCUCACCAGUGACCGUGAGCGGGGCCCAGCCACCCCUGCCUUGAGCAGCAUGCCUACAUCUCGUUUCGUAUGUCACGGGACAGGGAUCUGUUCAUUCUCGGUCCUUAGAAAAAGGCUCAAAUAAAGAGAAUGUGAUUUCUGGGA